CUACCAUGACCCCUGCCUUGGCAAAUCUGCAAACUCGAAGCCCUUCGUCGAUCCCAUCGCAGCCUUCUCCUCCAACCUCCUCCGUCGAAUCCACCCUCGUCCUCUCCACCCAACCUUCUCCCUCAUCUCCCUUCCUCUGAAAAUCCGACACCUUCGUCUGCAAAUCCCGACCAAACCAGCACCUGACCCUCGAUUUGCAGCGGAGAGGGGCUGGUGGAAAUAUUCGGGCUAUAAUCGACGGAAAGCUUGUAGGAAGGAGUAUGUGUGCCUUCACGGAGGAGAGACGAAAAGGAGUCUGAGGUCUGUCGCGUUGGCAGGGAGGAAGAAGAAAGGUUGUGUUUGGCCACAGGUUUAAGAGAAAAGUUUGUGUUUGGUUACAGUGAUGUGAGAAAGUACAAAUAAACAGGUGUUGUAAUUUUAUUUGGCCACAUGUUAUGGUGAGUAAAUUGGUUACUGACUAAUCAGUAUCCAAGUAUUUUUCUUAAAAAAUUAAAUUCGACCAAAAAAGUUAAAAAUUUUUGAAAUUACAGUGACACCCCACCGACUCGCACCGAGCACCAACUUCAAGGGAUCACACUGUAAUUUCCACUGUGCGACUCAAUUCCCCCUCAGCUACUAGAUCUUUCCCCCCAUCAUAAAUCCCCGUCACUUCCUUCUGAAGCAUUAUCAGUUGCCGCACUCAUUGCAAACCCCCACCCCACCCCUCUCUCUCUCUCUCCUUUCUCUCUCUCUCUCUCUCUCUCCAAAAACCAAGAUCUCUCUCAAAAAACCAAGAGUUGCUUACGCUUUCUGAUUCUGUCCAAUGCCUACAGCUGAAGCUAAACCAGAACAACCGAAAGGAAGUGAAGAAGUUUCCCAACCCCCUCUCAACUACAAGAUUUGGGUUUUGAAAGUCCCUAUCCACUGUGAAGGCUGCAAGAAAAAGGUCGCAAAAAUCUUGAAAAAAAUCGAUGGGGUUUACAAAACAGAGUUUGACGGGAAUAUCGGAAAGGAAAACAAAGUUACAGUGACCGGAAACGUGGAGGCGGAGAUUUUGAUCAGGAAACUGGCUAAGGGAGGGAAAUAUGCAGAGAUGUGGCCUUGUCAGAAGGCUAACAACAGCAAUAAUUCAAAUGACAAGAAGAAAAAUAAGGAGAAGAAUAAGGAGAAACAGCAAGGCGAAGAUACCCAAGGGUCCGAGGACGGCAACCAUGGCGGAACUAGAGGCGGCGGUAGUUGUGAUGAUGAAAGGGAGACGGUUGAGGCUGAAGUUGUUCAAGUUCAGGAUAAUCGUGGUAAGAAGGAAAAUAAAGGUGGUAGUGGCGCGGGUGGGAGUAAGACCGCUGAGGGGGUUAAUGCUGUGAAAGUGAAUGAGGGGGGUGGUGCACCGGCGAAAUCCGGCGGCGGUGGAAAGGGUAAAGAGGUGAAGGCUGAGGUGGUGAAGCAGGGGAAGCCUGUGAACAUGUCUGAACAGCCGGCUGCGGCGGAGAAGUGUUUUGGUAGGGAUGACGAUGAAGAUGACAGUAAUUGUGAGGUUGAUAAAAGUGGAGGCGGCGGCCGAGGCCGCGGCGGCGCUAGUAGCAGUGGAACUAAGAAGAACAAGAAGGGGCCAAGUGGGAAGGCCAAUCCUGAUGAUUCAGAUGAGGUUGAACAAUGUGGUGCUCCUCCACGCACUGGAUCACCUCCAAAUCAUGGCAAUGUACCACGUGGACCUCCUAUGCCUCAGGGGCCUUACCCUUACAUGCUUCCAUCUGGUACUCAAGGCCCUAAUUUUGCUUCAGCUUUUGCUCCGGCUCCGGCUCCGGCUUCGGCUUCAGCACCAGCUCCAGCCAAUCACAUGGCUACACAUCAGCAGAUGUAUGAGUACCAGUACCCCAGGCAGAACUACAACGGGCUUCCUCUCCAAGCUAUGAACUUCAAUACGGCCUACCCCGCCAGGAGCUACGGUGCAUCCCAAUAUGCUGCACCACUACCUCACGCACACUCUUACACUUAUGCGUCUCAAAGUGUGGCAGCUGAGAGUGAGCUGAGGUCCUAUCAUUCGGACUCGUAUCCGCAGUAUUACCCGUCGCCGCCGGAGUAUAAUUCGCCGCAGCAGUCCGAUUCCUUUGUGCUGUUCAGCGACGAGAAUCCGAACGGGUGCAGCAUUAUGUGAAGCAUUGUGUGGCAGCGGCAGCAUUCCGGCAGCGUUCUGACAGCAUGGUGGUGGAAGUGUUAUACUGCUUGUACAAGUGCUUUUGGAGAAGACUCGUGUAGUGGGUUAGUGGGGAAGGAUAAAUGGGUUGUUAAUUAAAACAACAAUAUUACUUUCACUUCAGUAUCCUAUCACGGAAAUAUACAUUAUUGUGCAUAUAUGGAAAGAAAAAAAAUAAAAUAAAGAUGCAAUAAAUUACAGGA